AUGAGUCCGAAACGAGAGACUGAAAAUAAUGAGUUUGUUGAUGAAACAUUUUCAUCAAUACCUCAUUUAUCACGAAUUGAUCGUCGAAAAUCUUCAAUAGCAGCUAUAUUUGAAGAUAGACGACAUGAUGUUGCUACAAAAAGACCUAGUCUAAGACGAUUAUGGGCCAAAUAUGAUGUACCCUAUAUUAUUGGAGAAGAGAUAACAUAUGCUAAACAAAAUUUAUGUGAAACAACGUUAUUAGUGGGUGCAUGGUGUUUGGUUGUCAUUUUUUUUCCAUUUUCAUUAUUUUUUACAUUAAAAGUUAUACAAGAAUAUGAACGAGCUGUGAUAUUUCGACUUGGACGAUUGAUGGCAGGUGAGUAUUAA